AUGAGCGACUACGACUAUAACUACACCUACACCGAAUUCACGCACCGGGCAGUCAUGAAUCGCAUCGAAGCCGUUCGCGAACACCUGAGAGCUGCGGCACAAGCUGCCCAGCAGACUACCGAGACCGCUGCUCACAACACCACAACCGAGAACAUGGAGUUGAGCAACGAAGAAAUCCUAGGCUGCCCCCUGCCCAGCCCCUUUAAGCUCCGCACCUACACCGAAGAGCCUUGGGAUUUCAUGUUUCACCCAUACCGCCGGACUCAAUCAGUCCUCUCAACCAAGACUGAGGACUUGGCCGAGGAGGAAGACAGCAACAUAAUCCAGUGUUCUGGACGCUCCAUCCCACAAGACAAGUACCUCGCCAUCCCCGGCCGCCGCCGUCGCAAAUACGGCGGUUCCCUGACCCUGAACACCGACAUCCAACGCACCUGGACGCUGCUCUCAUCGCCUCUACCCCCACCUUCCUUUCAAUCUCUCUCACCAUCAUCUUCAUCCUCUUUAUCGUCCUUCCCAACCUUCGCAGUCACCGACCCCAAAGGCACGACCUUCUGUCCCGAGGAUUCGACCCUCUACCACAACCACUGGCGCUCCCCCUCCGGUGGGCACUUGACAGUCGAUGAGCGAUAUUCACCUGACUGGCCGCGGCCGGGACGCAGUGGGUACUGGCAGUUGCAACGCACGCUGCCGCAGAAGAAACAGCCGGGGUUGCCUACGGUCAUGGUUACCAGCCCUGAGGGGGAGGAACGGUAUCCGGAUGAUUUGAAGUAUUACUACGAUGACAAUUUCGAUGAUGCGGAAGAUGAAGAUUGCUAUUCGGACUGA